CCACCUCUCAAUCCUAUCCUCUAUAAAAACCCCCCACCCAUAUCUCAACACUCACUCCAUUGCUAAGUUACGAGCUAAAGUGAGAGAAACAUAGGCUCUGGUGCAAUUCCAAUCGAUAUACUAACUACUACUAUAGAGUGCCAUAUGGCUGGCUCCAUUGUGUGGAGGGUUGCAGGCCUUGUGCUCGCCAUGGCGCUGCUGGCGCCGCCCUGCAGGGUGGCCGCGAUAACAUGCUCGGAUGUGUAUGGAGAUCUGCUGCCAUGUGUGCAGUACAUUCAGUCAGGCGGGGCGGUGGCUUCGCAGUGCUGCAGUGGGCUGCAAUCGCUCGUGGCCGCGGCUCGCACCGCAGAUGACCGCCGCGCGGCAUGUACGUGCCUCAAGUCCGCCGCUGCGAGUUUCAAGGGGAAUGUUAAGCGGGCAAGCUCGCUCCCCGGCAAGUGUGGCGUCUCCGUCCCGUAUAAGCUCAGCCCCUCCACUGACUGCAACAAGAUUACUUGAUGUGUUGGGGGCUGAGCGGGCUUGGUGCAAGGAUUAAGGUAGUUUAGAGAAUAAGAGGUAGUCUUGCCUCUCUGUGUGUGUGUGUGUGGCUCUAAGACCGUCUGGCAGUAGAGAGAGUGAGCUCUUUUUUUGAUCUAUGAUGUUAUCCUGAUAAGAAAAGCUGAAGAACUAAAAAGCAUCUCUUUCUCGAUAACCUCUUCCCCGUACCUGUGUGCCUGCGCGCACGCCAGUUCCAACAAUUAAAAAGAGAUCUGUCUACAUUAUCUAAUAGAAAGAGCCCAUACGCCAUAUAAUAUGAUUAAUGUUGAAUUGGGACGUGUGUCAUGUCACAGUUGCAAUUUGCCAUAUUGUCAUAACGAAAAAUAAUGCAAUGUUUGAGAUCUAUCCUUUUUUUCAA